AUGCAGGAACUUAAGGAGGUAAGUGGAGACGUUGAUAGCCAGAGGGGAGUUCGCAAGUUAUAUUCAAGGCCCGGCGGUAGAGCAGAGCCAACCGGCGGAAUCCCUCAUAAGGACCCGUUAGUCGUUAGUUUAACAUUGGCCGAAUGCUUGGUACGAAGGGUUCUGAUUGAUCAUGGAAGUAGUGCAAAUUUUAUACCAAGGGACACGUUCGAUCGGCUCGAUAUAAAGCCCGAUAGGCUCAAGCCCACUGGCAAUCCCUUGCUCGAGUUCGAUGGAAAGCGGAUGGAACCCAUUGGAGUGGUGGAAGUAGCAGUGCAUGCUGCAGAAAGGGUUCUGAUGGAGAGCUUUGUGGUUGUCGAGAUCCAUCUCUCUUACAACCUUCUGAUGGGCAGAGGGUGGAUCCACAGAGUUCAAGGUGUUCCUUCCACUCUGCAUCAAGUAAUGAGAUGCCUGGGGCCAGACAGAACCAAGGUGAUUGACAUUCAUGGGGACCAGGUUGCAGCUAAGGAAUGUUAUUCAGUAACGCUGAAAUAUGCUGGAAAAGGGAAAGCACCCAUCCGUUCGGCAAGCCCGAGAUAG